AUGGCUUUCUCCUACAGCAGCUUCGUUGCGAUUCUGAUGAUGCUGGGAUUACUGGCAGGAUCCGCAUUCGCACAGGCGCCGGGAUCCGCGCCAUCAGCAGCCCCGACCGUCUCUCCUCCCCUACCGUCCCCGUCUCCGGCGUCUCCAGCACCUGCCGUUACUCCGCCAUCUCCGGCCCCUUCCGUCACACCUCCUGUAUCCGCUCCUUCUCCGAUCUCCAAACCCCCGGCGUCUUCUCCAUCUCCGUCGACCGCCGUUUCCCCUCCAGCUCUAGCUCCAGCUCCAUCAUCUCCCUCCCCUUCUUCAUCUUCUACCACCGGCUCUCCUACUCCGUCUAUGUCCUCCCCAACGUUUCCCGGCUCUCAGGCGGAGUCUCCGGCCGACAACAGCGCUGCUCUCCCUGCCUUGAACAGAGUCGUGAUCACCGGAUCUGCUAUCUCCAGCGUCUUCGCCGCCCUGCUCUUGAUCUAA